AUGGCGUUUUUUCAAUUGGUGCUAAAAGCUAAGAAGCUUGACAAGGCUAGGUUGAGCUAUGAAGAUGAAAAAUUAAGAUCGAUUGAGAUCUCCGAAGGUGCCAAGCCACGUCUCACUUUGAAGCAACGUCUCCGACGAAAGCGACUAAAGUGUGCCGUAUUUUUAUUGUUGCCGCAAUUCUCUAAACGUGGCAGACAGGCCUUGAUGGCCUAUGCCUUUAUUUUAACUCUCGCCGGACCGACAAAGAAUAUUUUGCACAACAUCGGUGUUCUCUCGGAAUCUUUAGUCUGUGGACAGGAGCAGUUAAAGCAAGCCGUGAAGAGCGUGGUUGAUUUAAUAAAACAACCGUUCUACGCUCUGAAAGACGCGAUAUCGAAAGUGAUAAAGACGGUGAAAGUAGUUGUGAAGAAGAUUAGACGGACCCUCGUGGCAAUCAAACGACUCGUUCUUAGUAUACUGAGAGUGAUCACAUCAGUUUUUCAAUGGCUCGGCAGUAUUGUAAAUAUGUGCAACAAAAAGCUGGGCACACCGUUUGAUAGAUGUCAGAGAGUCUUCGACGGCGCGGUGGCUGACUGUAAGGCAAAGCUUGGUCCUCUUUUCGGAGGGAUUUGCAAUUUGGCGUACAUCGUCGGCGCCUUGUGUUACAUAGUGAAGCCCUUAGACUUUAUCUGCAUGCUCGUGUCUUACGCCGCUGACACUAUAGUCGACGCUGUACGAAAGAAAAUCAAAAGGUUCACUCGCCAUAUAAAAGCGAUGUUCUACGUUAAAGUGAAAUUCUCGCAUUCUUUUCACUUUGAGGCAAACCAAACUAAAACCCUUGAAGAUGUAUCGACUAGCAUUAUUACGGAGGUGCGCUCGAGGACCGAUAAGUUUUUAGCCGUUUUCGAUUGGAUGAGCUUUAUGACCACUUUCUUCAUUUUCUUCAUGCUGCUAAGAGUCAUGCAUUAUCGACACAAAUGGCUAACGAGCGAACGUUUCGACAAUCAAUAUCUGACCGACGAUCUGCGCACUAUCGAUCUCAUAAGAACACGUCAAGAUAAGGAGACCAUUCUGCCGUUAAACCCACGCGAAAGAAAUCAAUACAUCCCACUAACGUCUGUCACGCUGAUAAAGAUUGAAAAAGUGAAGCUCGCCAAAUCCGUCGUCUUUCUGGGUUUAACAACGUUCAAGAUCUGCAUUCAUAUGGUGGCGGAUUAUAGUCUUUAUUGGAUCCUUAGCACUAUUAGACAUCACGGACGCAUCGAAAUGAAGGUCCAACGACCCAAUUCCGUGGGCGUCUAUGUGUCUGGCAACGGCUAUCUCGCCGACCUGUACCGGAGCAUCGUGAAAGCCUUCACGCCGCACGCGAAGGAUACGGAGAUCGAUCUGAUGCCCUGCCUGCCGGAUCCUAUACCGCCGGAUCUGGAUAGGUACACGCAGAUCGCGACACUGAUCGUCUUCUGCUGGAUUAUGGCGAUAUUCGAGCCUUACGGAUUGCGACUGCGACACGUUGUGAUGUGCAAAUAUCAUCCGGAAAGAGCCAGGCAGAGAGCUGCUUGGCUGUAUAAUCACAUAAUUAGAUCAAGAGGAAGUUUUCUGAAAUUCGCACGGCGCCAGUUGCGCCGCAAGUUCGGUAUGACUGAAGGCGAGAGGAUCGAGAAAGUCACGUUCAGAGAACGAUGCCUGGCGAUCUGCCCGUUUCUGAACAAGUUGUUCCCUCGCAAGCAGAACAUGUGUCUUCUGUGCGGUGCUCCGGAACGCCCUGAUCAGGAACCGCACAUUAAAUGCGCCACGCCUGGUUGUGUCGGUUUGUUCUGUAUUCGAUGCUUCGAAGACUUGCAGAAUCUCUGCACGAUUUGCCGAUCGCCCAUCGAAUAUGGUGAUUUGUCCGAUAUGAGUGAGGAAAGAGAUUCGUCGGACGAUCAAUUAAUUACAAUGGAAAAAUUAGAACCUACAAUUAGAAAAGAAAAACCGGUUGUAAAAGAGGAACCCGAAGACGAAAUAAAGGUAGAAAAAAUAGCGGAAGAAAUAAUACCAGAAGUAAUAAUAUUGGAAGAAAAAAUGCCGGAAGAAAGAACGCCAGAGGAAGAGUUAGAGGAAAGAAAAAUGCAAGAGGAAAAAAUACUCGAGGAAAAGGUAGAGGAAGAGGUCGAAAGAAUAGAUGUGAAAAAAAAAGAUGAAGCUGUGCAGACGGAUGAUGAUAUUGAUAAAAGUAGUUCCGACUCGAUUUAUAGUUACACUUAUCAGGAUGAAUCAUCACGGGAAAUCAUUACGAGAGAAAUCAAGCAUUGUAAAGCACCCUUUAAAGAUGUCGAAGCGCAGAAAAUAAGAGAAGACGUUACGAUUCAAAUUUUUAACGACUCAUUGGCAAGGGAGAUUACCUCGAGCAGCGAGGAUCCGACGUCUUGCUUCGUCGUGAGAGCUCGUAGGAGACUUCGUACCAGAUUGAAAAGAAAAUCCCAUUCUUCCCCGCGCAAAGACGAUACUAGCUCGUCCACGUCCAUAGCGGACACCGAGUCCUGGCCGACGGAGGAGUUAGAUGAGGAAGAGGUAAUUCACAUCGAGGUGGACGACGGCUCCAAGGAAUUACUGUUGAAGGACGGCGCCGCCAUAGAAAAGAAACGGAGCCACGUAAGAAGAAUCCUUGCAGCACUCAUGAAAAUUCCUUGGCUCGGAAAGGCAACGAAGGCCAAUAGCGACGGUGAAUGGAGAACGAGAAAACCGUCUCUCAUAGACAGAAUAGUUCGAAUGCUUCCUGGAAAUCAAUUUGCCUCGCCUAUUCGUACAUAUCGACGAAUCCGUACGAUGAAAAAGGAUGCGAAACGUGAAGACUCUUCUUCUGCUUCUUCGUCCUCUUCUGACGAAAAAAAUGAACAAAGCGCACUAUUGAAGACACAUCUAGAUCGGCAAGUAGAUUGUUUACGAAUCUCGCCAGAUCAUGACGAUUCCGAGGCUAAUGUUUAUAGCAGGAAUUAUGACUCGCAUCGUGCACGACGCAGGACGAUUUGCCGUCAACCAGAUUCUCGUGCCAGAGCUGAGGCAAAACUGAAAUAUCCUCACGAGAAGAAAUUUGCAAUGAAAAAAUUACCAAGAUAUUUGCAGCCGAUUGCAAAGAAUACGUCGUACUUCGAAGAGGACGAGAUCAAAGAUUCGCAACCAAAGUGGAAGUGUUCGAAAGAUCGCAUCCAUAUUUUAUUAGAUACCAAAACAUCUGUCGUCAGUCAAAGGACGGACAAGUGGAACAUUGCUAGUGACAAUCAUAUUUCCUGCUCUUGUACAUCGCAAAUCUCUUGUGUUGUUAAAGAAGAUAGCCAAAUUUGCCAAUCGGAUAGAAAUGUCAUCACCGAACAGAGUGACAAAAUAUUUGAACCGGAGGAAAUGUCGGAAAUAGACAGAGGAUUGCUAACUGUCAAUUGGAGAAGAUCCGAUCAAGAGACGGGGGAAAUCGUCUCUGCGAAAAAAACAUUGACGGAUAUUGAAGCAGAUCGACAAAAAACCUUAGAAAAAAUUGCAAUCGGAGAUGAUCGAAGGAAAUCAUUAACAAAAAACAAUGAAGGAAUUCUGAAGUUAAAUGUCACUGAGGAAAAGAAUAUGAAGAAAUACUCUAUUAAUAAAGAACAAUCUAAAAAAUUGGAAGCGAAAGAAAACGCGGCAACAUCGACUUUAAGACCUACGUAUAAUAAACAGGAAAGAGAGCGCAAUGCAACCUACAAAACAAAAGGAAGAUUUCAAAGCGAAUCCCUUAGCGAAACAUCAUCGAUUUAUGGACAUCCUUGCAAACAUCAUCAAUCUUAUAUUUCGACUUCAGCUGAUGAAACGGAGAAUAAUGAUAUUACAUAA